AUGCCUCUGCACGCUACGCGCCCCAUUGUGCGCGUCGAGCACGGCUCCGUGCACACCAUCGAGACGCGCAAUGCCGAGAACCUGUUCGGCCUGUGGUCUGUCUUCAAACAGUGCUCCCCAGCCAUGGAGGACGGCAAGCGCUACGAAAACAUGGCAUGGAGAGUCUGGUCGAGAGAAACCUUCUGCUGCCAGCCCGAUAACCUAGCCUCCUCGCGGUGGUCGUUUGAGUCCAAAAACGCUGUAGACGAAGUGCCAGAGCUCUCCUCGAGCAUAGCUUCCGACGACUCUGCAGCAGAGAGUGCCACCACUGCGACGACCCGCUCCAACUCGUCAUCGCGACCGGAUCUACGCCGCUACGAUUCUGCCACCAGCCAGGCCCGCGGCAAGCACAUUGCUCCAAUCGACCUGGAGAAGGUCGUAAACUCCAUCCAGGAGAAGAAGGCUCUCUCGCCGCUCUCGCCGCUACCGCCACAGCUCGCCCAGCCCAUUGCGCAGGAAACGCCGAGAAAACCCGUAGAAGAGACCAUCACCACGCCUCGCCCCUCUUCGCCGCCUCCGACUGCCCGUAUGAUUCCUGAGUCAUCUACUUCGACAGUUGCCACCGCUAUGGGUAGCGACCCAAUGAGCCCGACGGUGGGCUCGGAUGUCAGCACCUCUACCGAUCUUAGCGCUCACAGCGUCGUCCAUGGUUUCGAUCCGAGCAGGAUAUCUACCUCUGUCCGAUCCAGCACUAACCUGAACCCUACACCGAUCCUCAAAUCCAGCUUCAUCUCCAAGCCGCCCCCUUCCAAGGCUGAGCCGGUACGAAAGAAGGCACCCGUAUUUACCCUAGGCGGUUCGUCCGACGAGGACAACAGCAGCUCUCUCGAGGCCUACUCACUCGCAAAGCGUAGCUCGCUCUCCGAUAGUAUCCACAAGGCCGGCCUCGUCCGCAAGAACCUGUCCUUCAACAACCAAGUGACCACCCGUAUGAUCCACGACGUCACCUCCGAGGAGAGCGAAGAGGCGAUCGAAAGCGAAUCUGAAGUAGACUCCGACGACAAUGCGAUCGAGGAAGAGGAUUCAGACGGGGAGUGGGAAGACGACAACGACGACAGCGCGGUCGCCAGUGUGGACGAGAGGCCCAUGGGAGACCGCGCCCAAGCCCUCCAGAACGCAGCAUCUCGCUCUACACCCGCGAUUCGACGCUCUCGCACCUCUACUCCCAAUGGGCCAUCUACCGGCAACUCACCCCAAGAAGACACCGGUCUCAUGAUGAGGCAACAGGUCACACGGUCAAAGCCCAUCAUCAUGACUACCACCAAUGCACACCCUCCGGCGCUCUCACCGCGCACUACGCGUCGUAAUAUGCUGCAGACGGAGCUGACUGCAUCGUUACGCUCAAAUCUUUUGUGGGAGAGACAGCAGAAGAACGCUACCACCAAUGCGGUGAACAAACGAGCUCAGAGCGCAGUGUCUAUGCCAGCAAUGCGCCGAGCUGCGACGACCAACGACUUCAAGGGUUUACAAGCGCAAGCGCAUCAAAACAACUUGAUCAAGGCUGCCACUCACCGGGAAGCAGCUAAAAACAACUCGUAUAACGAUUACUUCGACCAAGGCCUCCAAGAGUACCAUCAGAAGGGAUGGUAG